AUUGUAAACACUAUUUUCAGAUUACAUUAAUAUUACAAUGAAAUUAGUUCACAAGGAUCUUGAGAAGGGUGGGUCGGGGACAGUAGUUCUAGUUCCAGACGAACCUGAGGAUAUAUGGCACGCUUACAAUCUCAUCAUGGAGGGUGAUAGCGUCAAAGCUAGUACAGUUAGGAAGGUGACUAAUGAAACUGCCACUGGUUCAACCACCAGUAGUAAAGUUCGGACAAUUUUGACAGUAUCAGUAGAGAACAUUUUUUUUGACACACAGGCCUGUAUGCUUCGGUUAAAAGGAAGAAACAUGGAGGAGAAUCAAUAUGUUAAAAUGGGAGCAUAUCACACAAUAGAUCUGGAACUAAAUAGGAAAUUUACGCUGCGUAAAAGAAAUUGGGAUACAAUUCAUCUGGACAGAAUAGAACUGGCUUGUGACGCAUCAAAACACGCAGAAGUUGCUGCCGUUGUUAUGCAGGAGGGUUUAGCUCAUGUUUGUCUCGUGACCUCUAGUAUGACGAUAGUAAGAGCUAAGAUCGAUGCUCCGAUUCCACGGAAACGACGAGGGGAUUGCUCCCAACACGAGAAAGGAUUGACUAAGUUUUAUGAUCAGAUUAUUCAAGCUCUUCUUAGGCAUGUAAAUUUUGACGUAGUAAAAGCAAUUUUAAUCGCAUCUCCUGGAUUUGUUCGACAGCAAUUCUUUGAUUAUAUGUAUGCUCAGGCUGUGAAGACGGACAACAAGCUGUUGUUUGAGAACAAAGGGAAGUUUCUACUCGUCCACUCCUCCAGCGGGUACAAGCACGCGCUCAAGGAAGUUCUUCAAGAUCCUGCUGUGCUUGCGCGUUUAGUCGAUACCAAGGCUACUGAAGAGGUACGCACAUUAGAAGCUUUCUAUAAAAUGAUGAAGAACGAGCAGGCGCGUGCUUUCUAUGGGCCUAAGCACGUAUUUGCGGCGUGUGAAGCGGAAGCCAUAGAAGUGUUACUCAUUUCCGAUAAACUGUUCAGAGCUGUCACUGUUGCAGAAAGAAAAAAGUAUGUGGAUUUAGUAGAUAAAGUGCGAGAGGCAGGGGGUAGUGUUAAAAUUUUCUCCAGUUUACAUGUUUCUGGAGAACAACUCGAUCAAUUAACAGGACUCUGUGCUAUACUCAGGUUUCCUAUGUUAGAACUAGAGGAUUUAGAUGAAACAGAUUCAGAAGACGAAAAUUAGAAGAUUCUCUCCCAGCUUGAACCAUCGGCGAAUGAAUCCAUCCAAGGUGUCUAGAACCAUCUGCUAAUGAAUCCAUCCAAGCUGCGUGGUACGAUCUGCUAGUGAACUCAACCACGCUGCGCGGAACUAUCUGCCAAUGAGUCCAACCACGUUGUCUGGAACCAUCUGCCAAUGAGUCCAACCACGCUGUCUGGAACCAUCUGCUAAUGAAUCCAACCACGCUGUCUGGAAUCAUCUGCUAACGAACUCAACCAAGCUGUCUGGAAUCAUCUGCGAUUGAUUACAACCACGCUGCCUGGAACCAUCUGCUAAUGAAUUCAACCACCCUGCUUAGAACCAUAUGCUAAUGAAUCCAACCAAGUUGCGUGGAACCAUCUGCUUAUGAAUCCAACCACGCUGCCUGGAACCAUCUGCUAAUGAAUCCACCCAAGCUGCCUGGAACCAUCUGCUAAUGAAUCCAACCACGCUGCCUGGAACCAUAUGCUAAUGAAUCCAACCACGCUGCCUGGAACCAUCUGCUAAUGAAUCCAACCACGCUGCCUGGAAUCAUCUGCUAAUGAAUCCAACCACGCUGCCUGGAACCAUCUGCUAAUGAAUCCAACCACGCUGCCUGGAACCAUCUGCUAAUGAAUCCAACCACGCUGCCUGGAACCAUCUGCUAAUGAAUCUAACCACGCUGUCUGGAACCAUCUGCUAAUGAAUCCAACCACGCUGCCACGAACCAUCUGCUAUGAUUUCAAUGUUGAAGAAACUUGGGAAGGAUUUGUUCAUUUGAUGAGGAAGAAGAAUUGAAUCUUUUCUUAAACCAAAGUUUAAUAUAUUCAAAACCCUCUUGCUAUUGGAUGAGAAAAAGGAGAAUAUAUUUUAUUUAGGUCUGGUUCCGGUGUUACGAUCUGAACAGGCUCGGGGAUUGAUAAACUCGUACUUGGUUUUUGAUAAACCUCACUCCACAAUUACAGGCAAAACUACAUACUGGAAGAUAUCUAUGCUGUGAUCAUCAGUUCGGAUUUUAUAUUAAUAGUACUUAACUUAAGUUCAAUUCAACUUUCCAUGUUUAAACGGGUCUUAAGUUAAGGACUAUAAAUUUAAAAUCUCUCCUCCGACUUAGUUUGAGUUUAAUCAAACUGUGAUAGUUUUCUAUUUUCUUUCAGAA